CAGUCCUCAGGACUUUAACUCAUUGGUCAGACUGAGGGAGCAACUAAAAAAACCUUUGAAAAUGCUGUGGAUCUUGUGUCUCCCAAAUGCAUCCCUCUUUCUCCUGCUUCUCCCGUGCUUCCCUGCCCAGGAUGCUAAAUCCAGAAGGGCUCUGGAGCAAUCACCACUCCAUGCCAACCCUGAGCAAGGCCAGUCUGUCAGCAUCACCUGUGUGAUGAAAAGCUCACCUGAAGACGCGAAGUUCUACUUGCUCAGGACUCACGUGCAGCCUGGCACAGUUCUGUCUGUGUCACAUCUCAACCUGUCAGAGGUCUCUCCUGCCUUUGGGAAGCGCUUGGGGUAUUCAAGGGAAGGAAACAGAGCUGUGGUAACUCUACACAAGCUACAGGAACAGGACAGUGAUAUCUACAUCUGUGCCCAGGAUGUGGAGGGUUCCCCUCUGCUCUCUGCCAGUGGCACCAUGCUGCUGGUUAAAGAAGUGGAGCAGGCAUGUGAGAAGAGCUCCUGGGAUUUCUAUGCCCUUGUCACGGUGAUGGCUCUGCUGUUCUUUGCCCUGGUGUGCUGCAUCUUGUACCGUGUGGAUGUGAAGAAAUAUUUCCAGAAGAAAAAGCCCAAUGAGGUAUACGAAGACAUGUCCUACAACUCCAGGCGGAGCACACUGGUCAGAAACAACACCUAUUCCAGAGGUGAAUAAACUUCUGCCAGCUGGGACCAUUCCCUCACAGGCAGCUCUGAGAGCUGCUUUAACCCCCUGAACUGAAAUUGCUAUCACCUACCUUCUUCAGUGGAAAGAAAAGCCUCAUUUCCAAGGCUGUUUGUACCUUUUUUAACGUUUUUUUUUUUUUUU